UGUCUACUGUGUUCCUGUCAUUAGAAGUGGGCGUGGUCAGGAUAUCGCAGCCUGUAAACAAAAUCUGAGGCCAGAGUUUCCUGACUGGAGGAGCCACAGGAACAACCAGCUCACUGGAGAGGCGUUAACUUGUUGGUUUAGUCGCUUAUUACGUUCCUGGAAAAAAGGUUUCCUGACACUUUUAUUUUAUUAGAAGGUCACAGACUAGGCAUGCCCUCCCAAGGAAAAGGCCGGCACCCUACGCACCCCUGCCGCGACUCAUCCUGUGUCAAACUCUAUGUGUGCUCCAACCCAGAAGACAGCGUGAUCGAACGGAGGGCGCUCAGAGAGAAGGUGAUCCCCAGCUUCAGAGAGCAUUGUAGGAACUGGCUGUCCCUAGAUGUCAGGCUUAUUGAUCCGUUUGAGUCCGGCGAUCCUAAUUGUUGGCCAGACGCAAACACCAGACAGCAGCUGAUUGAAGAGUGCAGGCAGAACUCAGCCGGACCCUUUUUACUGGCCCUGGUUGGACACCAGUAUGGAGCGGCGGCUCUGCCCACCCAGGUGGAGGCGUCAGAGUACCAGCUGCUGCUCCAGCAGAGCCAGCAGGCCGGCGUCUGCACCCGGCAGCUGGAGAGGGCGUACCGGAGAGACGAAAACGUCGUUCCUCCCUCCUACCGCCUGAUGUCUUCCGUGAAAUCCUCCUGCAGUCCCCCGGGAGAAGAGAAAGAAGACGAAGAGAAUAGCAUGAUGCAUCACCAAGAAGAUUUGAGGAUGGUGCUGCAGACCGCUGUGAGUCUGUGUGUCCAGAACCGACUCAUGACUGCAGAGAGAGCCCAAAUGUUCUACAGAUCAGCUCUCGAUGCAGAUCUGCGAUUUGCUCUUGAAAGUGGCUCUGUUGAGGACAUCCUCAACAGAUGUGUGAUCUAUGUCCACAAGGUGGCCAAUGCAGACGGAGAGAGAGGAAAAGCCCAGAGAAACUCAGGGCUGCAGCAAGAGUUGAAGGCUGGCAUCUCUGAGCAGACGGUACCCACUCCAUCCGAGUUAUUGCCACAGCUGUGCGACAGCUUCCUCCCUGCUCUCCUCACCUCCCGCCAGAUUCUCCUCUACACCACAACCACCGAGUGCGACCACCGCCACGGCUACACCACAGCCAGGAGGCGGGCCUACGCAGACUCUCUGUGCCAGCAGGUCUUCUCAGACCUCAUGGCCUUGACUGACAGCUCCAGCCUCCCUCAGCUCAGAGGAAAAGCUCAAGUUAUUGACGCUCCAUCCAGAGAGUGGGCCGAGCAGGAGCAGCUGUGCAGCAUCCUGGCUCAGUUUUACAGCAUUACUCAGCCAGAGGAGGAAAAGAUCAGGGAUUACGUGAAACAGAAAUAUCAACAGCGCCCCCUAGUGCUGACUGGAGGGCCGUGCACAGGGAAGACUGUGCUGGUCGCACACUGUGCAGAGCAGAUAAAGGCCUGGCUGGCAGACUGUGAUCCAGUGGUGAUCAGUUGUUUUUGCAGCUUUUCGGUCAACACGUCUCCCAAGUAUCUCCUCUCCAGACUCUGCCAUCAGAUAGCCUUCAGAUACGAGGAGCGACCGCUCCCUAAGACAGACUCCUGCUUCUGCAGUGACUUGGAUGAGUGCAGCUGCAACACUAACUGCGGCUCAGCGUCUGUUCUGGAGCCUCACAACGACUGCUGCCGUGCAGAGCGGGUCUGCGACGGUGACUCAAAUUUCUCUAACACUCCCCACUCUAGCACCAUAGAAGUGGAUGUUUCUCUGUCUGAACUUGAAGAGCGUCUUGCGUCCCUUCUCGCCCAUCUUCCUUCCACCAAACAUCCUCUCGUUCUCAUCCUCGAUGGCUUGGAUCAGCUGGAUAACAACGUCGUUGCUCAGAUCAUCAGCGGCCUCCCGUCCCCCCUCCCUGACGCUGUCAAGCUCGUCGUCACGGUCUCCUCCAACAGAGCAGGUCUCCUGCAGGCCAUCAAACUGCGCUACCCCCGACAAGGUAGUCUGCCUCGCCCGGGAUCUGAUGACAGGGAGGAGGAGACCGGAUAUGCCUGUAUCCAGCUCCAGUCUGGGGACAGGAAACAGUGUGCCAAGCAACUGGAAUCGCUGCUGAGAGAUUCAGGGAGGAAGGUGACGUCAGGACAGCAAGCGCUGGUGAACCGGGCCCUGACCUCCUGCUGUCUGCCUCUCUAUGCUCGACUCCUGCAUGCACACACUUCGCUGUGGCACUCUGAUUCAGAUGUGACUGAGUCGUCUCUUCCUGACUGCGUCCACUCGUCUAUUUCCGCUCUCUUGGAUCACUUGGAACAGAAGCACGGCUCGUCCUUGGUGGCCCGUACGGUCUCCUACGUCUCCCUUUCCAGGACCGGGCUCUGCGAGUCUGAGCUUGUGGAUCUGCUGUCCAGCCCACGUGGCGAUCCAGCUGAACGUGAGGGAACGGUUUCACAGGUCGAUGUGGAGUGGCUGCUUAUGGAUUUGAAAGACUUCCUCGUUAAACGGCCGGUUGCUGAUUCCCGGGUUCUGUCUUGGGUGAGCCGGCAUUUCAAGCUGGUCGUGACUAAAAAGUACCUGGGCACUCAUGAGGCGAGGAUGAAGAUCCAUUCAGAGAUGGUGGACUAUUUAAGCGGGGGUCAGGCCGUUUUUGUAAACCAUACCUCUGAAACAGAAAAUGAACCAGAUGGUCGGCCAUUUGUUUUCCCUGCCAUUGAAGAUGUUUGUUGGGCAAACACGAGGAAGAUCCUAGAGUUGCCGCAUCAUUUGCAACAAAGCGGCAGGUUGGAAGAAAUGGAACGAGGGUUGUUGAUGUCGUCGGGGUUUCACCGAGCCAUGGUGCAAGCUGGCAUGCUGAGCGAUCUGGUCGCCAUGUUGGAGGCUGAUGAAGGCUCAACAAAGUUUUUAAGAGAAAGAUGGCUGCUAGCAAGCACUUUGAAGUCCUCCGCUUGCUUCCUGCAGACCUCACCCCUGCAGCUGCCUACAGUGAUGGAGACGAACCUCCUCCCUUACCUGCACGUCUUUCCUGCCCUCGAGGGAUAUGUCAGAGACAUCCGACGGGACAGGAGGAAAAAGGGAAAAGGAGUGGGAACGCUACUCUGUUCCAGUUCCAGUUCUGUUCCCCCCAUUCGGUAUUUAAGACCCAAUCCUAAAAGCAGAGCAAAUAGUGUUGUAGAAACCGCCUGUACAGAAUGUGGCGUUGUGGUAGAGAUCACGGAUGAAGGCUCCGCCUGGAUCUGGAGAGGGUCGGCUUGUGAUUUAGUCGAGCUGUCACUGAGCAAGGAGCAGCGGGAGUUGAGGUUCGCAGGAGUGAAAAGCAGUGGCAGAUUCCUGCUGUUGUCAACGCGAUGCAACGAGCUGUUGGCAUGGGAUGUGGCGGGUCCAGAGAGGCUCAUAGAGGUGAAGCAAUCACUGAAAACAGAGUCGGCGGCGGGCCAAACUGCGAGCACGAUCGAGGGAUUUGUCUCAUGUCAGGAAAAGUUGUGCAUGUGGUGGAAAAAGGAGAGUUUUGUCAGCGUGUUUGAUAUCUCCAGCAGUACCGUUACUCGUUUCCAGUGUCAGAGCUCCGUGAUGUGUUUGAUCGCCUCCUCCAACAGUCUCAGCGUUUACUGUGGACAGGAAGACGGCACGGUGUCUAUAUUGGACCUGAGAACCAGCAGUCUUCUUGGCACCUGUGUCAACUCAACCCGCAGUGCUGUCAUGCAGGUGAUCCUCUGUGAAGAGGAGCAAGGAAUUGCGUGUGUGGACAAGGGUGGCAGCAUAGCCUUAUGGGACAUUGCUGACAAACAGCAACCGCCCAGACUUGUCAAAGAAAACUCCAAUAAGGGCAAACCUUUCAGCGUUCUCAACACAGAUUAUUCCGAAGCCGUCAGCACUCUCUUGGUGUGUCAAAGUCACCAGGUGACAUUGUGGGAUACGUGCACCUGGGAGAUGUGGGACCAGUUCUUGGCUUCGCAAGGGAAAGCCUUCACUCAAGCAGUGCUCUCCCUGGACGGACACCUCUUCCUGGCUUUGUUGGACCAUUUCCUGCUGGUCUUGGUGUGGAGGGUAAGCACCGGCGAGUGUGUCCUCUCUUUGGAAACAAACACUCAGCCCCUCACGCUCCUCAAAACAGCCUCAGAUAUUGUUUGUGUGAGUCAAGAUGGAGGCCUGACAGUCUGGGACUCAGAGAUGAUCAAUGCUGCAGGUACAGCAACCAAAAUGAGGAGGGGAGUGAAAGCUGUGGUGGUGGAGCAAACAGGAAAGUGCUUUUACACCGCAGACGGGUCGGAGAAUGUGUGGCGAUGGAGUUUAGACGUCGGACUUCCACGGUUUACCUUCCUGCACGAUGGCCCUGUGGAAAAGAUGCAGCUUUCCCCAAAUGGCAGCCACCUUCUCUCCCUCUCAGCAGGGGAAAUUUACAUCUGGCAGACAAAAACAGGUGAGAAUAUCGCCCGGAUCAAGGGCGGCGGCGCUGCAGAUGUGCUUAUCACUCCCAACGGUAAGUUUGGAGUGAGCAUAUCUAAACGUGGCCUCUCCCGUGUUUGGAAGCUGCCACACGGAGGCAUCGUGUGCAGCAUUCACCAGUACCUGUCGGAUGCUCAGGUAUCGGCCGAGGGGACGUUUCUCGUCGGGCUCCGCUACGGAGACCUGCUGGCCGCCAGCCUGUGGUCCGGUUCGAUCAGCAAGCGCUUCUCCUGCAUAGAGAACUCGGAGCGCGUUGUCGCUUUCCGCACUCUUUGGGACCACCCGGACUUUGUGGUGGUGCUCACUGCCUCUGAAGCGGUGUACACCUGGAAGCUGUCAGAAGAGACGGUGUGCCAGCACUUUCAGCUGCCGUUGACGUUUCACUGUCAGCCACAGGACUUCCACAUGUCCCAAGACGGAAGCUACGCACUGUUGUCCACUGAUAACAACUCAGUCAACAUCUUAGACCUGUCUCGGGUGAGGCUGUGCUCCUUGAAAGCCGAAGGUCCCGUCAUCAAGGCUUGCUUGGACAAAACCGGAGGCUACGUCGUGUAUGUUUGCAACCCGAGCGGCCGGGAGAGGAGCUGCGCCUGCGACCUGCACUCAAAGCUCGUCCUCACAGUCAUACGCCUCUCGGACAGGGAGCGAGUGGGAAGCGUACGUCUUCACAAGACUCCGUUGGUUCUGAUCGUCAGCGAGCAGCAGGGCGUGUUCGUGGGUUUCGAUGACGGGUCUGUUGGCGUGUUCUCUGUUGCAGAUGCCGCGCCGAAUGAGGAGGAGUUCGUCUGGGACCGGGAGAAUUUAAAAGGAGAACUGAUAAAAUGUCCCCUAGACAGAGAACCUCUGAGGUGUUUAUGUCUGUGUAAACCCAAUAUUACUUGGUCUUGAUCUUAUUGGGUCUGCUCAAAUACAGUGCAAGCAAAAUGGCUGCGAGCCUUUUUACCUAUUUGCCUUUUCAUACUUUUGUAUUUUUUUUCACGGUACCAUACCCAAUUUUUUUAAGGUAGGGAGCCAUCUACCAUGAAGCUUCUCGUAUCAAAUGUGUUAAUUUGUACCCAUGGGGGCAGGGCCGGAUUAUCCAUAAGGGCCAGUGGGCCAGUGCCCAGGGGCACCAACCAUGGGGGGGCUCCAUAU